UACCAUCCACAGUCAACCGUUCGUACGGCCAGCGUGUGCACGUGUCUAUCAUCGUUCCGUAGUACCGGGAGUUCCUUUCAACAGUCGCACUCAUUCGUUCGAUAUCUGGACCACCGUUCCUUAGCAUAUCAGCUUGAUCGCGUGUGUGUGUGUGUACGUGUGCGUGCGUGCAGAAGGCAGCUUAUCGUUGCAUUUGUUCUAAACAAUCGAUCGACACUGAAACCGACAAGAUCAAACAAUGUCGCGAACGCUGGAACUGUCGCCGAAUGCGCACAUCAACAAGUCGCUGCUCGACAAGUACAUGUCCUUGCCGAUGCCGGACGGUAAGAUACAGGCGACGUACAUCUGGAUCGAUGGUACGGACGAGAACGUCCGCUGCAAGGACCGCACGCUCGACUUCAUUCCCCAGUCCCCGAGUGAGCUACCAAUCUGGAAUUAUGACGGUAGCUCCACCUACCAGGCGGAAGGUUCCAAUUCGGACGUCUACCUCCACCCGGUUGCCAUCUACCGGGAUCCGUUCCGUCGCGGCAACAACAUUCUGGUGCUGUGCGAAACGUACUACUACGACGGUACGCCGACCGAAUCGAACAAGCGCAAAUCGUGCCUGGAGGUGUGCCAGAAGACGGCCGACGAAAAGCCGUGGUUCGGUAUCGAGCAGGAGUACACGCUGCUGGACGUUGACGGACGUCCGCUCGGUUGGCCGAAGAAUGGUUUCCCGGGACCGCAGGGACCGUACUACUGUGGGGUCGGUGCGGACAAGGUGUACGCGCGUGACAUCGUCGACGCACACUACCGGGCCUGUCUGUACGCGGGCGUAAAGAUUUGUGGCACCAACGCGGAAGUUAUGCCGGCCCAGUGGGAAUAUCAGGUGGGACCGUGCGAAGGCAUCCAGAUUGGGGAUGAUCUGUGGAUGUCCCGGUUUUUGCUGCACCGUGUGUCGGAAGAGUUUGGAAUCGUUGCCACGCUGGACCCGAAACCGAUGCAGGGCGAUUGGAACGGAGCGGGAGCACACACGAACGUAUCCACGAAGACGAUGCGCGAACCUGGCGGUUUGGCUGAGAUCGAGAGCGCGAUCGCUAAGCUGUCGAAGCACCACGAACGGCACAUCCGUGCCUACGAUCCGCACGGUGGAAAGGACAACGAACGCCGUCUGACGGGAAAACACGAAACCAGCUCGAUCCACGAUUUUAAUGCCGGUGUCGCUAAUCGUGGCUGCUCGAUUCGUAUUCCGCGCGGUGUUUCCGACCAAGGGUUCGGUUACUUCGAGGAUCGUCGCCCCAGCUCCAACUGCGAUCCGUACAGUGUCUCCGAGGCUAUUCUGCGCACAAUAUGCCUGAACGAGUAAACUGAUAUUCAAACCAUUCGGUAUUCGUGUCGUCGGACAUUCCAAGUUUUGGAGAGUUGUAUUUCCAUUCUGAACAGAGAGAAAAAAAAAUCAUCAAAUCUAUUAAUGCAUUCAGCAUCUGCAGAUCCGUUUGUAUAAUAGGAUCGUCUAUUUGUUUUAUUGUUUUUUUUAAUCUGCCGCUCUAUUUAGUAGAUCAGUAUUAGUUACUACAGUUACGCAAGGACAUGUAACUUGCAAACUCCACUAUUAUCAGUUUCUCUUACCUCAGCGUGCUAUGAAGCGUGUUUACUAUCUGAAGAAACAUAUGAGAUAGGUUGUUUGUGCAAUCUUGAAAAAAGCGAAAUAAAAAAAAUGUAAAAACAUUUUUAAAAAAAGUUAAUGAACAC